CUCCUCCUCCAGCUGGAGGCUCGGAUCACUGGGAGCACCGGUUCCGGUCCGUAGGCAUGUCGGCUGGGGGCUCUACCGGCGGGACGGCGAACAAACCUGCAGAUCACACUGCGGAGGAGGAGGACGGGGAGGGGGCAAGCCAAGCGGGAUCCUCGAUGCCAACUGUCGAGUUGCCAAGGAAACGAAAGGGGUGUGUGGAGGAGAGGUCAGACUCCCAUGUACAACACAGCCUCAACUUCCAAACGGACGAUGACCUCAACAGGUCUGAAGGGGAGGAUCAGCAAGUCAAAAUGAAAUGUUUCAGGGUGCCUCACCGGCAGAUUGAAAAGCAGCGGAGAGACAAAAUGAACAACCUCAUUGACGAGCUGUCUGCCAUGAUUCCUGCCUGUCAGCCUAUGCCUCGAAAACUCGACAAACUCACUGUGCUACGAAAAGCUGUACAACACCUGAAAGCCCUCAAAAUUGGGACGAGCAGCGCCUUCACAGACACCACCCACAAGCCUUCCUUCCUGCCUCACGAUGACCUUAGGAACCUUCUGCUCAGGGCUUCCGAGGGUUUCCUAUUAGUUGUAAGGUGUGAUCGAGCAAAAAUCCUGUUCAUCUCUGAGUCUGUCUCCAAGAUCCUCAACUUCAACCAGCUGGAGCUAACGGGGCAGAGUUUGUUCGAUUUAAUCCACCCCAAAGAUAUCAGCAAGGUGAAGGAACAGCUUUCAUCUUCAGAGAUGCUUCCUCACCAACGCCUCACUGAUACCUCAACAGGGACCCAGGUCCAGGUGGAGACCCCUGUCAGACCGUCCCACUUGGCCAGUGGAGCUCGGCGAUCCUUCUUCUGUCGUAUGAAGCACAGCCGGGUCACAGGGAAACACGAUGACAAGCUGUCUUUGGCCCGUACCUCAAAGAAGAAAGACUCGUACAGAUACUGCACCCUCCACUGCACUGGAUAUAUGCGGAGCUGUCCGAGCAGCCAGCUGGACCCAGAGGGCGAUGCUGGGGAUAAGGAAACCUCCAGCCUGAACUGCCUGGUGACCAUGUGCCGCCUCCACCCUCACGUUUCCCACCAACCUCCCAGAGACGUCCACGUCAAAGCCACCGAGUUUGUUACUCGCUGUGCAAUCGACGGCAAGUUCACUUUUGUAGAUCAACAAGCCACGACUGUAAUCGGUUAUUUACCGCAGGAGGUUCUCGGCACCUCGUGUUACGAGUACUUCCAUCAGGACGACCUGCAGCACCUCACAGGGAAACACAGGCAAGUUCUUCGAAGCAAAGAGAAGGUUGAGACGCAAUGCUACAAGUUCAAAACUAAAUAUGGCUCCUACGUGUCGCUUCAGAGCCAGUGGUUUAGUUUCACAAACCCAUGGACCAAAGAGGUUGAGUUCAUCGUGUCUGUAAACAGGGUGAUCUUGGGGCCUGGUCACACAAAAGAUAAUGCGGAGGCUAGCAGCUCAAAAGCACUACACGAAGACACAAAGCAAAUCCCAGAAAUCCCAGGCCUGUCCACUGGUGCGGGCACAAUGAUCUACGCAGGCAGCAUCGGGACCCAAAUCGCCAACGAGCUCAUCGACUCUUACAGGGCAAACUCAUCUCCUUCAAGUGGAGCCCCAAGUCCAUUUAGCUCGGCCCAGGAGAAAUGUCUACAGAACAGCAGGAGUACUUCCAGUCGAGAAGAGGAAGCAGGCAGCUCCUCAGAGUCCCAGGCUGACUCGAAGACAGCAGCUGUUGCUAGCGGUGCCAUGUCUGAGGAUCCAGGUGAGUCAUCCCAGCUGGGCUUAGAGAGCAUGGUUGUUCCAGGGCUGAGCAGUUUUAGCAGCGAUGAGGCGGCUAUGGAGGUCAUCUGGAGGUUGCUGGACACAGAUGUAAGCAUGGCUCAAUCUGCAGACUUUGAGGAUUUACACUGGCCUUUCUAGAGGGAGUUCAUCCCCUCUCAAACUCUCUUGUGCCGUUUCUUGCCAUUUACUGAGAUAUUUAUCAGCUGAAGACCUAUCGGGCCUUGCACAUGUGAAGCUACUGGAUUUGUACCAAAAGCUGCAACAUGUCUUACUUGAAGACGGCUGAGAAGAACGCUAUGUUGCAGCUGUGAUUAAUGGUCUUUUGGU